AUGUUGCGCAACGCCAUCUCUGCGGCCGCUCGCCCUGCUCUCGCCUCGGCUCGGUCUGCCACUACUCUCGCCGCCGGAUUCCCCAAGGUCUCCCAACGGCUACCUACAAAAUAUGGCGGCGUCUACACCGUUACCCUCAUUCCCGGUGACGGUAUCGGCGCUGAAAUCACCGACUCCGUAAAGGAGAUCUUCGAGCAUGUCAACGCUCCCAUUGAGUGGGAACAGUACAAUGUCUCGGGUGUGUCCUCGGCAGGCGAAGACCUGUUCAAGCAGGCUAUGGAGAGCUUGAAGCGCAACCGUGUUGGGCUGAAGGCAGGUAUUCUCUUCACCCCCAUAUCAUCGUCCGGACACGUUUCCUGGAAUGUCGCCAUGCGUCAGCAGCUGGACAUUUACGCAUCCGUGGUGCUCUGCAAAUCCCUCCCCGGUGUGCCCACUCGCCAUUCGAACGUCGACUUCGCCAUCAUCCGUGAGAACACGGAGGGCGAGUAUUCUGGCUUGGAGCACCAAAGUUACCCUGGCGUCGUCGAGAGUUUGAAGGUUUCAACUCGGGCCAAGGCGGAGCGCAUUGCUCGCUUUGCGUUCGAUUUCGCGCUCAAGAACAACCGCAAGAAGGUCACCUGCGUUCACAAGGCCAACAUCAUGAAGCUUGGUGAUGGUCUCUUCCUCAACACGUUCCGCCGGGUUGCGCAAGAGUAUGAGUCUCAGGGCAUCAUUGCCAACGACAUGAUCGUCGACAACACGUCGAUGCAACUUGUUGCAAAGCCCACUCAAUUCGACGUUAUGGUCAUGCCGAACCUUUACGGUGCCAUCGUCUCGAACAUUGGUGCCGCUCUCGUAGGGGGUCCGGGGCUUGUGCCCGGUUGCAAUAUCGGACGGGACUACGCCUUGUUCGAGCCUGGAUGCCGUCACGUUGCUCAGGACAUCAUGGGCACGAACAAAGCCAACCCGGCGGCAAUGAUCCUCAGCGCGACUAUGAUGCUUCGUCACCUUGGUCUUGACCAGCUCGCCAACAACAUCGCCGCGUCUACCUUCGACGUCAUCAACGCGGGCAAAGUCCGGACACCGGAUUUGGGCGGGUCGGCGACCACCUCAGAGUUCACUGCGGAGAUCAUCAAGAAUUUGAACUAG